CUUCAGUCAUCACCUUCACCCAAAAAACACUAACCCUACUUCUCAUACCCUUUAGUUUUGAUAAUAUAUAUCUAUAGCAACAUCAAUUAUCAUAGAAAAGAUGAUGAAGCUUUUUCCAAAUGGAGCUGCUAGUUCUUUGGUUCUAGUGGUGCUCUUCAUGUUGCUUACUAUUGGUGGGAGCCUCCGUUUGUCGCCUCAUCAUUAUAUUACUGCCACCUCCCAUGAAAUGGCUGCAGCCUCCACAUAUGAUGAUCAUCAAGCCCACGUAAACCAUCAGGAAAGAGCGACAGAGGGAAUAGGAAUGGAAGUGCACCCAACAGGGUCAAGCUUGCCAGAUUGUUCCCAUGCCUGUGGACCUUGUUUUCCAUGCAAGAGAGUUAUGGUCAGCUUCAAGUGCUCCGUUGCAGAAUCUUGCCCUAUUGUUUACAGAUGCAUGUGUAAAGGGAAAUACUACCAUGUUCCCUCCAAUUAAUAUAAUUGAAUCAACACUUUGAUCAUCAUGAAUUUAUGGGCAUCCAUUUAUUUCAAUUUCCAAUGAGAAAUUUCACCAAAAAGUUUGUUGUAUAUAGCCGAGUGUUGAGUUUUGUU